AACGGCCGGCGCGAAGGCAAAAGGGAGAAGGACACUACGAAGGGACAGAGAGAAAAAGAGCAAGAGAGGCGUAGCCAGAGUGAGAGAACCAGAGAUCGAGAGAGAAAGAGCGAGAGAGAAAGAGAGAGAGAGAAAGAGAGAGAAUGUAACCACGAGGGAGAAAGGAACGCGAGGAAAAAAGAGAGGAGAGCUGUGGUCCGCGGUUAAGAGGGAGAGAGCGGAAGAAGCGCGAUGGGACAAGGAGGAUCGGAUAGAGAAUCGGAAGGAUGGAACGAGGCGAAAUGCGAGAGGUAGAAUUAUAGGGAGAACAGAGGGAGAUACGGUGAAAGAGAGAACACCGAGAGAACGUACAACGUUGGACAGGGAUAAAGAGAAAACGAAAGGCAGAGAGAGAGGGAAGGAAGAAAGACAUACAGAGACAGAGAAACCCGGAGAGAAGGGAACGCAUCCGUUGGGUGGGACGGAGACAGCCUGACGAAAAAGUGGGGAAAAUGGUGGGAGGUGAAAGAGAGACAGAGAGACAGCGUGAAUCGGAGGUUUCGAGCCGCGCCUCCUACCUUCAGGGCCCGUGUAUCCACGACUCGGCACUGUGACGACGCAGCGCCCUAUGGAGGGGGAAAGGGAAUUACGGGGAACGUGGUUUAGGCAAGAACGAUCGUCCGUAGUCGUAGACGGGCCACGAGUCGAGCGAUGCCGUGUGACCGACCCUUCACGACACGGCCGCGUUUCUUUCUCCGGAGCCUUUACCUGGAUUAAACCAAGAGCGAGUGCGCGUUACGCGGCCACACGGCUCCGUUUGUGCGUGUUGCUAAAUUUGGUGAGCAUAUCGGGGGGCGGGCAUGCGAGCGCACCACGACGCACGUUUCGUCCCUUCCUGAAAACAACGAUUAAACGGAAGAUAGAAAGUAAGGCAAAGCCGCGGUGCCGGAGCCAGAGAGAGACUGGUCGCCUCCCCAGGCCAGGAACGCCUGUGCCGUGGCUGCGCUUGCCCUGAAACACGUGUUAUUUGUCCUCUCCGUACGUGUCUCUUCUGUCUCCCUCCCCCCCACUGUUCCCCUCUUUCUCGGGCGCACGCCGCGAGUUACCGUGUCAGUUGGAUGCCGAGGAUCCGCUGUGAGAGAGCAUGAAGUUCCACGCGAGUGUGUUUGUUUUCGAUUUUCCAGUGAGCCACCGGUGAACCGUGGAAACACGCACGGUAUUAGAAUUAGGGUUAUUACACGUUAGUAACCGUGCGCCGUUGAUACAAAUGUAGAAACGCGUGUACGACGGACGGCGCGUACUUACAUGUAUCGGAGUCAGGUGAACCCGCGCGGAUUUUCUACGGAGGCUGUGCCGGAAUCCUGUUAGUGUUACGCCGCUCCUGUCGCGCGGCGCGCAAAGGAUCAGCGAGAAGAAUUUCUACGUCGGCGGCGAGGUUCAAAACAACAGAAAAAGAAAAGUGGCGGAACAAGAAGUCUGGAAGAAAAGUGUGCGCAGCAUUUGUGGAUGCAUGAGGGUCUCAUGGCUACCGGAUUGGUAAAGUGGUGGCGGGCAAGGUUCCUCGCUGGCUACAGACCCUUUUCUGUUGUUGGUAAUACGGAAGGCAGCGACUCGGAAGAACUUCUUGGCGGCGUCUCGGUGCCUUGUAGCGGUUCACCACCGGAAUCCAAGCCAAUUUUGUUAGAAACAGAAGCGCCGCAGGUCGCGGUCGACGCUUCCACCAGUCCUACGCCGGCAACCGGAAAUGACGAACAACCGAGCGCCAGUACAACAAAGCAACUUAGCUUCGAGGAAUUCGAAUGCGACGUGUCGGUGGCGGAGGGCGACAGAAGGAGGCAGGAAUUCUCGUUCACUCUGUACGACUUCGACGGCCACGGGAAGAUAACAAAGGACGACAUAGCCGGCCUGGUGACCACCAUUUACGAUACCCUGGGCGCUUCCAUCCAGGUACCGCCGUGCGGCAGCAAGACGAUUAAGGUGAAAUUGACGGUGUCGCCGGAUCAGAGGGGCAGCCAGACGCGGACCGGCUGUCCGAACGUAUCCCAACAGCCAGCGGCCGCCGCCGCUGCCGCCGGCUUUUCCGGAAAUCCGUCCUGCUGCCAUUUGAAGCACGCGUCCUGCAACAAUGCCGCGGCCCACACCGCCGCGCACGGUUUGCGCAGAGUUCCUAGAAGGAGGAGAGCACCACGACACCGUUGUCAGACUGAACAAAAGGAAGUGGAUUCUCACAGCGAAGAUGACGGUGAAAACGCGCGAACGAAUCGAAUAAAGCAGGAGGAACUACGGAGAAGGGUGGGUCCCUUGCCUCAUUUACCAUCACCCUAUUCGAAUAGCUCUGAGGGUGAUAUCAGCGAUGACAGCGACGUUUCCCCUGCAGUUUCCCCCUUGACGCCUCUCCUCACGACUAAUCAGCGAAAACGCAGCGGUGCCCUACAAAGGCAACAGCUCUUGGAAAUUAUUCAGGCGAACAUGGAAAAGAAUAAUCUCAGUUUUCAUACGUCAAGGAAACGGCAUCAGAACGAACAAUCGCGCAUUCCAUCCCAAACUGCACACGUCGAGCCGUCGACCCACCACAAUCAAGACUGUCGUUCGCCAUCGGAAUCCCGACCGGCGACGAUGACGUACAUCAAGACUGCACGAGAAAAGACACAGGGUUUUACGUCUUUUUCCAAGGUACCUGCGAAGACACGGGGAAACCUGCGGAAAACGCGGCCUCAGUACGGUAUACCGAGGAGCAACGCCGCGGCGCAACCGCCCCGGGCUUACGUGCAACCGCAAGUUAUGUCCCGCACUGUGAUCAGCCCGACCGCCUAUCCGGAGCAACAGACUGCAACGAGCAACAACGCCAAUCGCAACGCCAGCAACCUGUUACCGAACAGUCAGCAUCCGGUCAGUCAGCCGGCGACGGGCAAUCAUAAUGUUCCACGUAACGAAACGCAGUUCAGUCAAUCGCAGCAAUGCGGCAAGUCGAGUAAGAAGCAUCAACUGAAACACGCGACUAGAGAGCAAGAUCAGGCCAGGGCUAUGGUGCAAGUGGUGCGUUGGCUAGAACGGGAAUUCUCGCAGAACGCGGCCGCGAACUCCGGUCGGAAACACGUUCACGAGCACAUUCAUCAUCAUUAUCAUCAUUACCACACCGAGGCUCUUGUUUGAUACGUUUCCGUGCGAAGAGAUUUCAGGACUGACGUUGAUCCUUAACUGGUAGAACGGAGUUAGGAAGAGCUUGAUCGGCUUGAACUGUAAUGUUUAGGGAUAAUCUGUCUAGUUUUUGUUGGCGAGACAUUACACGUAUAUAACUGAAAGAUGGACAAUGUUGUUGUUUGGAUAAAGAAUUAUGAAUAAUGACGGGGGGGUAGAAAAUGAGAGAAAAUUUCUGUUACUACCAGAUGAGAGAGUCAAAACACGAAUUUUAAAUAUCCAUUUAUCCAUUCGAGAAUUCUUCGACAUUGAUCGUUUUGUUGAAUUGUUCUUUUCAUCGCACUGUUAAAUAGUAAUUUACGUUCUUUUAUUUGUUGAAAUGCGGUCAGUUCCUGCCGAAAUAGUGUUCUAAUUUUGAAUACGAAUACUGGUCAAUUAAAUGUGUUGUAAAAUGUCUUCUUAUUACAUACUGGUGUUCAGUUUUGUAGAGUUUAAAUGACUUCUUUUACGUGGAUCAGAUAAGAGGUUUUAAUACGAUGUUUAAGAAGUUUUAUAAACGCACAAUUCGAGAAUCACUGCCACACUUCGUUCUUCCAAAACAGAUGAUAUGAUGUUUCUAAAUUCGGUUUGUGAGUAAAUCGGUCAAUGACGGAUCCAAAUGGACGUUUUUAGUUUAUAAUAAUUAUAUAAAGAAAACGAGUAACAUUUUGGAACGGCAUUGAUGGCAUCUAAACGAAGUAAUAUAUCGAGAAGUUUUAUUCUUGAGACAUAUAAUCGUGUUCAUCUUACUCUCUAGGACUUGUUAAGUAUUUAAUAUAUAUUAUAGGCUGAUCCAUUUUAUUUUCUUCUGGGGGGGGAUUUCCAAAGUGGAUGGAAGUAUAACCAGGCGUUUUCAUCUUUUGUAAUAGUAUUAGAAGGAAGAUCUAAGACGAUACCAAUGAUCUAUUAUACUAAAAGGAUUACUAAUGUGGUUGUUAUUUAAAAAAUUGACAGUUUACUACUGUAACUCAACGUUUGUAUUCCUACCGAUGCGAUAGCGAUUUGUUUUGUAUAUAUACAUUGACGAAAUAAUGAAUUUAAUCGAUUCAGCUGAUCACUUUACAUGAACGACAUGAAUCUCUUUAUAAUUAUAAUCACGAAACAAUUUUUAUUUAUGUUUAUACUACAACG